CACGACCCUCUUUUCGACCUGCAUUUCUUGUUACCGGUUGUAUUGAAGUCGAAUCCGUGCUAGAAAACUUAAAGUUACACCUUUAAAACUAUAAUUUGAAUACUGAACAUGGCUUCUAAACAAGUUGCAGUCGUAACAGGAAGUAAUAAGGGAAUUGGUUUUGCCAUUGUUAGAGCAUUAUGUAAAUCAUUUAAAGGAGAUGUUAUAUUAACAGCUCGAAAUGAAGAUCUAGGAAAGAAGGCAGUAGAAGAUUUGAAUAAGGAGGGUCUAAAACCAGAAUUCCAACAACUGGACAUCUGUGACACAAAUAGUAUUGAUCGUCUCAAAUCUUUCAUACAAUCAAACUACGGAGGACUGGAUAUUCUAGUAAAUAAUGCUGGCAUAGCUUAUAAGCAAAGUUCAACUGCUCCCUUCCCAGAGCAGGCAGAAGUAACAGUAAAAACUAAUUUUACAGCAACAUUAGAUGUUUGUAAUGCCUUAUUCCCUAUCUUACGUCCUCACGCUCGAGUUGUACACGUAUCAAGUAUGGUGUCACAGUGGUCUGGGAAAAAAUGUUCUGAUGCUCUGAAAGCCAGAUUCCUAGAUUCAAAUCUGAAAAUGGAUGAAUUGAAACAAAUUAUGGCUGAUUUUGUUCAAUCUGCUAAAGAUGAUCAGGUUGAAGAAAAAGGAUUCACCAAGUCUGCAUAUGGUAUGUCGAAAGUUGGAGUAACUGUAAUGACUUUUAUACAACAACGAGAAUUAAACUCUAAAGAUGAUAUCAUUGUCAAUGCUUGUUGCCCUGGUUACGUUGAUACUGAUAUGUCGAGUCAUAAAGGCACUAAAACAAUUGACGAAGGUGCAGAAACUCCUGUUUACUUAGCUCUCCUUCCUCAUGGUUCAGAUAUUAAAGGCAAAUUCUUGUCUGAGAAAACAGUUCAAGACUGGCCUGGAAAUUAAUUAAAAUGGCAGAAAAUACUUAGACUGUUUUUUGUUUUUUUAUAUUCCAAUGAAAAAUGAGACAGAAUUUGUAACUAAUUGUUUUAUAGUCCUUUAUUUUCUAAUAAAAUAUACAAAUUUAAAUUUUUAAUCAUUUGAAAGUCUACACUGAGCCGACUCUUGAAAAAACACUGGCACAAAAAUGUAAAUUUUUUUUUAUAAAGUUCUAAAAGUAAGAAAGGUAUGUUUCAAAGAUUUGAUUGAACAGGGGUUUUCAGUGUGCCCGGAUUGUACUUAAUUCAAUAUUAUUUACCAAGUGUAAGAGUUAUGUGUUUGGAUGUACUCAGAGUUUUGUUUUAAUGAAACAAUAGUAGAGUUGUGUCCCUUAGAUAAUGUUAAAUUCUUCUCUUGAAAUUGUCAGAAUAAAAUAUUUAAAGUCUAA